GGGGAAGAGGAGGAUGCUUGUAACAGCAGGAUUCUGCCUUACGUUAUUUUUUCUUGGAAUCGUCUUCUGCACACAGGGAGGGCCGUACAUGUUCCAGCUGCUGGACUGGUAUGAAGCCUCUCUUGCUCCCUUGGUGUUCUGUACAAUGGAGUGUGUUGCCGUGGGGUGCAUAUAUGGAAUUAGACGCAUGACCAACGACGUGGAGAUGAUGUAUGGAAAACGACUAUCACCUCUCAUCAAGGUUCUCCUGGUAUUUGUGACACCAGCAGUCUUAACAAUCACAUUCAUCCUGACACUUCUCCGCUACCAACCACCAACCUACGGCAAGUACGUGUUUCCUAGCUACGCCUCUACAAUCGGCUGGAUUAUUGCAGUGCUGCCCCUUCUACCGAUACCCGUCUACAUGGUCAUGACUGUUAGGAAGCACAUGACGACAAAUUCCCUGAAGAAGAGUGUGAAUCUUGCCUUGAGUCCUGCUGAUGACUGGCUCCCUGCCGAUGUCAGAUACAGGGAGGAGUACAGGAUGCAACACCUGGCACGAAGACCAACCUUCAAAUCCAAUAUUGUGGAUAUGUUCAAGCUGUGAAACAACAUAAACUAUCUAAGCUAUAUAGAGAAGCCCCAGGUUAAUCUAGAUUCAUACAAACACUGUUGAAAACUACAUUCAUGAGCCAGUGAAAUGUUACUGUGCUUCAUGUUGUUCACCUAACUUCCCAGAUCACUCUCACUGAUUCACCCGGCAGCCCAGACGUUGGAUAUCUGCUUUUGCGUACCCACCAUAAAAGAUAUAAACAAG